GAUGGAGAAAGGAGGGAGGGACAGAGACAUAGACAGAGAUAAAGAGGGGCAGAGAAAGUAAGGAAUGAGUGGGUGGGAGAGAGAGAGAGAGAGAGAGAGAGAGAGAGAGAGAAGGAGAGAGAGAAGGAAAGAGAAGGAGAGGAGAGACAAUGACAAAGAGGGAGGCUGAGAAAAGGAAAGAAUGAAUAAGAAUAAAGGACAGAGAAAAAGAUGUAGCGAUAGAAAGAUUAUAGAAGAAAAUUAGUUGAGAGAGAAAAAGAAAAUAAGAGAAAGAUGGCAGAAAAAGGGGGAAAGUAAAGAACAAGAGAUUAAUAAGAGAUUGAGUGAGACAAAGAGAGAAAAGAAAGAUAAAUAAAAGAGGGAGGGAGAGAAAGAAAAGGAUAGAUGAAGAUAAAUACAAAAAUAGGGAAAGGGGAGAAAGAGUAUUUAACUAUUUGAGACACAGAAGGAGAGAAAGGCGGGAGAGAGAGAGAGAGAGAGAGAGAGAGCACUGAGCGCACGGACACAGUGGCCUCAUAACUGCGCGCGCUCUUGCUUAACUCACAUCUCCACGUUUAAAUCUCGGUACCGGAAAGUCGCGCGCGCUCCUCAUGCCCUUGAGAAGCACAUUCGCGAACCCUGAAUGAGCUCGCGCGCGCUCUCUCUCCGUCUCCGGUCUCACCCGUCCCGCGCAUGAGCGCCGCGGGCUAAACCUGUCGCGUGCCAUGAAGACGAGCCGCCGGUGUCGCGCGCUGCUCUCCGUGGGCUUGAACCUGCUCGCGCUGUUGCUCUCGAGCACGGCGUUCGCCACGGCUUACUGGUGCCAGGGCACGCAGCGCGUCCCCAAACCGAGCUGCAGCAAGGAGCGGCGCCACCACUGUAUCGACUACGGAGCCAACGACACCGACCCGAGCAAAGUGCACUACAGUUGGGAGACCGGAGACGACCGCUUCCUGUUCCGCCGCUUCCACGCGGGCAUCUGGCACUCGUGCGAGGAGAACAUCCACGGCGGAGGUGAGAAAUGCAGGAGUUUUAUUGAUCUGGCUCCAGCAUCGGAGAGAGGUGUCCUUUGGCUGUCAGUGGUCUCCGAGGUGUUAUAUAUCAUGCUGCUGGUGGUUGGAUUCAGUCUAAUGUGCUUGGAGCUCUUUCACUCUAGCAACGUGAUCGAUGGCUUGAAGCUGAACGCCUUUGCUGCUGUCUUCACGGUGCUGUCAGGGCUUUUGGGAAUGGUGGCUCACAUGAUGUACACCCAGGUCUUCCAGAUCACAGUCAGUCUGGGACCCGAAGACUGGAGGCCGCACACCUGGGACUACGGCUGGUCUUUCUGCAUGGCCUGGGGAUCUUUCACCUGCUGCAUGGCCGCCUCGGUCACCACGCUCAACUCCUACACGAAGACGGUCAUCGAAUUUCGACACAAGCGCAAGCUCUUUGAGCAGGGUCUCCGUGAGGAACAAGCCUUCCUCGACCAAGAAGCCUUCCACUACUUCCAAGAACGCUCUGUGCAGUCCAUCUCCAGCUCGGUGGACCUGUACCCCGGCCAUAGUGGCACUCACGGCGGCGCUCACCCCGGCGCCUAUAACAGCGGCCGGGGGAAAAUGCGUGCUCCUUCAGCUUCUGUGGACAUGACGGACAACACGGAUUCUCUGGGAGAGGAGCAGUGCUGAGAUCGGAUGCUCCUGCUCUCGGAAAGACCUUUUAUAUUCUCUGAAUAUAUUCCAGCAUGGAGUCUUGGGAAUCGAGAACUUUCCGGGGCCAAAAAAAAGGGAGUUUAUAUUUGAUUAUAUAUGAACGAAGGUGAAAUUUUCCACUUAUUUGAAAAGGAAGGAGAUGAUUGUGAGUAUGUGGACGUGGGCAUGAAAGGUUGUGCACCAACACUGCCACAGAAAUAACAACACACUGGCUAUCAACCCUGCCUGCGGGGUUGAACAGCAAACUUUCUUAAUAUGCAAAUUAGGCAGACUUUUCAGAAAAUGUUCUGCAGACACCUGAGGAAUGGCUCUAUAAGCACUGCCAGACGCUGCAUCCCUCUAUCUAUCUAUCUAUCUAUCUAUCUAUCUAUCUAUCUAUCUAUCUAUCUAUCUAUCUAUCUAUCUAUCUAUCUAUCUAUCUAUCUAUCUAUAUAUACAUAAAUAUAUCUCGAAUGUUCUCCAUCGCUGAAUAUGCCUUCGUGUAGCCCAGGUGUUUACAUUUGAUCCUCACAGAAGCACAGCGUGUGGCGUUUAACAGCCACAAAACAACCCAAGACUCGAUAGUUCCAGCAUCUCGACCCGUCGAUUAGAUUAGCCUGUUAUUGAUUUUGUGACUUUCAUCUGCGUUACUGAACCGGCGCUGAGUGACCAGGCUUGUUUAUUCAAUCUUAUUUAUUUAUUUCCUUUUAAAUCCUUUUUAUGAUCUUGACUGUGUCAGACUCGUCCAAUACCUUCUUCUGCUUUUGGAAUCUAUUUAUCUAUGUAUGCAUUACAACCAUUUGAUGAAAAUA